CGCGAUGCGUCAGAGCAAGAUGUCGAACGGGACUGCGCCAAGCUAGUUGCCCCUCUACUUUUUCACUGUCGGGUAACACGGUGCAAGAGCUUCGAUAAAAGCGGACGACCGUUCGACGCAUUCGCGUGUGUGAAAUUUGGCAGCUAACGCGAAACGGACGAACAAGUAAACGCGAUCGAAUAAAAUAAACGCGAGAAUCCGCAGCGAAAGUGGAGUUUCUUUGUUCCGUGCUUCGAUCUCUGCGCAUAGGUUCCCGUGCGAGUGGCGCAGCAUUGUUUGUUGUGGUCGGUACGUCACUCUCGGCGUAUACACGGUUCGUCGCGAUACAAAGCCAGAUCCUGGCGUCCUGCUUGAUCCGACGACGAAUCGUUUCGUCCACGAACGAUCCACGAAAUAUUAACCGCCGAUCGUGUAGUGUCCCGUCAGUGUACGAACGCGGUUCGCGGAGAAAGGAUCUCGCUAGCCUUUCGUGUACGCGCGAGUGCUUUGUUUUGACGAGCAGCUGAUCCGAAAGUUCGGCGUCAGCCUGUCCUCCAUAUCGUUGCAACGGUGAUUUCGAGCUUAUUCGACGGGAAGACGCGUCCAAAGGGAUCAGUGGUCGACGAAAAAGUUGGAGUACGCGACCGACCGAUGCUCACGGAAGCAACAGUGCGAUCGUCGGAACUGGACGGACCAACGACCACAACCUUUAGAAUCGUUUUCUCGGUGUAACGCAAUCUAUCGAAGACGCGUUCGAGUGUCAGUUGUUUCCGAGGGAGCCUACCGUCGUGAAAAUCAGAUAACCGUCCUGUAAAACGACCCCGCGUUCCAGCGGAUUAUACCUCGCUUCUAUAGUUUUACCGAGCCGACCAGUCUCGGCCUUUUCGACCGACGGACAAUAGCUUCCCUUCCGAAAGGCUGUGUGCGGCUCGCUCGUUUUCUUAGUUACCAAUGAUCUCGUGAUAUUUUCGCUCGCUGAACAAGCUGAAGACUCGUGCGAAAUUCAACGUAGACGCGUCGUUGACCGAAACGAUUCGCGUUGCUCGUUUUUUUUUGCGACGAAAAGCUGGCCAAAGCCGGUGAGAGUUCGACGACGAACGACGGAUUCGUGGCCGUGAUCGAUGCAGCAUAAACCCGGGGGGGCCGUACUCGCCAGCUGUGGGAAACCAGGGGUACGGCCCCGAUCGAGCUGACUUACAGGAGUCGAGCUGACGCGACAGAGGCUACUCCUCGUCUUCUUCGGGUGUCGUGCAGGCUGAACUUCACCGGAUGCCACUGGUGUUUCUCGAUCGGCCUGGUCGUUUCCCUCUUGUCGCUGGACUCGAAGAAGCUUCACCGGCCCGAAGAUGUUGUACAUAUUCCACGUGGACACCGGCACCACCAUCACCUUCGACAUCAAGUUGGCGCUGCAGACUGUCUCUCAGCUGAAGGAAGCGAUCGAGAGGGAAUGCGGCGUGGUAGCGGCUCACCAGGUGCUCUUGAUGAGCGGAGGCGAAAGUCUGGAACCAAAUGCUCGUGUGUGCUCUUACUCCGCUGGAACCGAUACCAAUCCGAUCUAUUUAUUCAGCAAGGCCGCAAUUGAGAGCCAACUUCCACCCACGCCGAGUAUAGACUACGGUUCCGAUGUCGAUCUCCAAAGUCAAAUCGAUGCAUCGUUGGCGAUGCCAGCCACGUACCAGACCCUCGUUGCCCGGGCCCAAUUGGCUCAACAAUGCUGUGGACUGGCUCGGGAGCAGACCAGGAUUUGCGAGAGGUUGGUGCACGAUCAACACCUUCAGCAACAGGGCUGGGCGGCGGUGGUGGCGAAUCUGGAGGACAUCACUCAAAUGUUCCAGUCGCGAUCAGAUCUCCUGCAUCAGAGUUUCGCCGUCUACCUCUCGGAGAGGCAACAACACAUGGAACUGAUCCAAAAUUUCAACGCGGAUCUGGGCACGUUAGCAAAAAUACCCAUCCUGCCUGCGUUACGUGCUCAAGCCGAGGGUCUCUUGAGUCCGGACGACCAACCGACUCAACCCGAAAAGGACUCCGAAGGCAAGGACGAGGUGUUGAGCUUGCUUCGAUGGAUCUCGGCGAAGGACAAUCAGAGCAGUCUGGAGCAGGUGGCAGAGCAGUGCUCGAGGGGCUUGGAGCAGUUCGACGAGAGGGUGAUGGAGGCUUUGAAGGCCGAGGUGAACGCGGCCAUCGACAGCGCGAACAAGCAGGAUAUGAAGGAGAUUAAGGGCCUCGGCGAACGGUUAUUCGCUCUGGAGCAAUUGAUGGUGCAGACGAAGAAGUUGGUCCACGAGCAAGGGGAACUGGCCCAGGGUUUCCUCCAGAAUCAGAGUCGAGCGAAUAACUUGGGCGACGCCAGCGUGUUGCCCGACCUCUGCACCUCGCAUAGACGCCAACUACUCGUUAUGCUGCAGAACCACAACCAGCUUCGAGACAUUCGACGCAGAUGCACCAAAGCGAAGGAGGAGCUGUCGGUGAACAUCUACCAUCGCCUCAAGUGGAUCAUGUACGUGGAGAACAAGAUGAUGGAGGUGGACAGCAAGCUGGUGAUCUACCACGAGAGUCUGAAGCGUUUACGACGACAUCUGGAAGUGCUGCAACAGAUCCACCUCGCGCCUCAGAUGUACAUGAACGCGGUGGCCGAGGUGGUUCGAAGGCGCACCUUCUCUCAGGCGUUCCUCGUUUGGGCCAGCAAUCUCGCCUGCCAAUUGCUGACCGUCCACAGCGAGGAACUGGCUCGCAGAAGGGAAUUCCAGAGCAAGUUCGGUGGCCAUUUCUUGAACACCCUGUUCCCGGGCCUCGAGGAUACUCCGCCUCCUUUUGCCACGCAAGCACCGUCUGUCUUCGACAGCGACUUACCGAAGUUGACGGUGAACGACAUGGAAUCUCUGAGAUCGCAGCUACCUGACCUGGCGCUCACCGUCUCAUCGCCGGAUCUGAACAGCAUCACGCAGUUCUUCUUGUCUAGGAGCCUUACCGAGGCCAACACGGAGGGUACCAAGGACAAGGAUAACGCUUCCAUGCGCGUCGACGAGACCAGCAAGGAGCAGGAUCGAGCGAGGGCUCCGACGUUGUCUGACAGGGGUGAUUUCGAAUCGGAGACGGAUACGGAGGAGUUCGAGAAGAUCAGUCAGGGCGCCACAGACUCCAAGCCGGAGUCGUUCGAUGGCGCGAAGCAAGUGCGACAGAAGCAAUUGGAGGUUGGUGCCUCGCGAAGCGUGUCCCCAGCUUCCUCCACCUCGACUAACGUAUCCCCGCUUAAUUCGAAAGUCGUGGACCCGACGAGCCGGUCAUCCUCUUCGAGUGAGCCUGGAUCCUCCUUCCAUUUCCCUAGUAUGUCCGUCAGCGAGCGUCCUGCUCAGCUGAGCCCGCUCACCGAAUGCGUCGAGAACGGCGAGUCGAGCUAUUUGCUUCGUCACGGCAACAACUGUCUUCCCAAGUAUCGGGACUUACCGGAAUCCUCCACUCCCAUGUCCGAGGAGUCCAACUCCCUCAGUCCCAAUCUUCCUUCCUCGACACGGUCCGUGAUGUGCGACGGCCAGCAGCAGCAACAGCAACGCCAUCAGCUAUCGGGCAGUGGCGGUAGCAGUCCUUCCGUUGGAAUAGGCGCUACCGACUUCAUGGCCACUGAAUUUUACAUGGACGAGUCACUGCCGAGCAGUCUCAGCGAGCAUCCUGCAGACGGCCAACAUCAGGCCAUCGUUUCCCUUCUCCAGGAGAAUCUUGGCAACACGCGCGAGGAAGUGGAGAGGCUCCGCUCAAUCCUGAAGACGAUGAAAGCAGUGGUGAACGAGACGUUGACGUCGGUUCGUCAGGAGUUGGCCGUGCUGAGGGAUCGAUCGGACGAGGAGAAGGCCGGCUUCUUCAAGAUGACGGAACAAGUCCGCGACGCCCUGUCCCUGUACUCGCGCGAAUGUGAUCGUCGUCUUCGAGAACGCGAGCAGGAGCUUACCGUAGACCACGAACUCGAAUUGGCCGAUGUGAAGAAGUUAAUACAGAACCGAGAAGAAGAGAUUUGCGGCUUGAAACGUAGUCUGCUGGACAAAGAAACCGAACUGGCGGAACACGAGCGUCUAGUCGCGACGAUGCGGCAGAAAUUAGAGACCGAGCAAGCCGAGAUGAGGAACCUGCAAACGCGUCUGCACCGUCAGCUCGAGGAUGCGUUGGAUCAGGCUCGAACGGAGAAGGAAGCCGCGGUGAAGGAGGCGAACGACGAGAGGUUCUUGGAGAUUGCCUCCUUGACAAACUCCCUGACGCAGUGUCAGACGCGGAUCCAAGAGCUGGAGGAAAGUUUGAAUACGGCGCGCAACGAUCAACAAAGGCUGGUGAAGGAGGCUACCGACAAGCUGCAGUUGGAAUGCAAAAUCGAACUGGACAACAUCAGAAGUCGGUUCAAGCUAAUGGCCGCGUCUACCAUGGAGAGGAGUCCAAGCGACAGCAGCCUCGAGAAGAUCGAGAGACCGGAAGUGAUCGAACUGGCCAACCGCAUAAUGGCCCAGGAGAAGGACAUGAAGCUAGAAAAGUCGGUUGCUAUAUGUACAGCCAUCGAGAAGGAGCGGGCAGAUUGCGUGGCGAAGUUCGAUCACGAAUUGCGAGUAGCCAGACAGAUUGUCGAGGAACGAGAUAGGGAAAUGGAGAUGUAUCGAAUGAGAGAGAUCGCGUACGCUGAAAAGUGUAAACGCUAUAAGAACACCAUCAGACGACUGAUCAAGUCCGAAAACUUCAACAACAUCCUAGUAGAUAGCGAAUUGCUCAAGGAGCAUGGCGAGGAACGGUUGGAAAUGAGUCAGAGCAAUCUCGAAGAAGUCGCGAAGAGCGUGGAAACGGAUAAGGACGAGGUGGAAGUAUCCGAGUCGAAGAAGGUGCGCCUAGAAGCGAGCAACGACGCGAGCUGCCUAUCCAGGAGACUGGAGCUGCUGGAGAACGACAACAAGAGAUUGAACGCGGAACUGCAAUCGCUUCGAGAGAGCAAAGAAUCUGCGGAAACAAAAAUAGAGUCGUUGAAAGCGGACAAGCAACGCUUGGAGAUCGAGCUGAUGAAAGAACGAUCCAGAAGAAGCUUCGUCACCACUGCUGAUUCGACCGAAGCUCGCGAGAAGGAAAUGAAUGCUUCCGUGGCCAUGGUUUCCGAGGCAACGUCGAGUCAAGAUGCUACCAGUAGUCCUUUACAGUUCCGCGGAUUCACUUGUACCAGCUGUGUGUACUGCUUCUGGCAAAUGCAGAAAAAGAUCGAGAAAACUGCGGGAACGCUAGCGGAGGAGGGUCGUAUCACUGUCUCUACUUGCAAUCCUGGAGACAUCGUCUUGGUUUGUUGGAACCCGGCUCACAAAAAGUAUAUGCUGUAUCAAGAGUCCUCGAUGCACUAUUUUCUCAAUUCGGAGUGCAUAAGUACCUUGAAGCUGAAAAUGCGCUCGGACGGGACCCCGAAGAAGCUCCACAUCAUUGCCGAGGUUAUCGACAAGCAGUACUGUCAAGCAAGGAAGUCCGAGAACCGGUAUGGUGUGCCACGCGGCACCAGGUUCUAUCGUGUUCGCGUGAAAUCAGUGGACGACAGCUGCGCUCUAUUGGAGAGCAGCGAAGAACAGUAACGGAAAGAACGGAUUCAUCGAUUCUUGCCUGAUUAGAAGCCAUGCGACGACCAUGGAUCUGCAUCGUCAAGUACGACGCGUAUCCGUAAUCUCGCGCGUGACAAUUCGAUCGAGAUGCAGAUCUUUAGCUUACGCGUUCGCAGAAUAUGCGGUAAUCCUUCGAUCAAGGCCAAAACCUGCCAGAGCCUGUAGACGCAUCCUUGCUGAACGUUUCGCGAGCAAAAGAGGAGAGUUAUGGGUGCUGCCCGUUUCAGGGUGCCAGCAAACACGAGAGAAAAAAGGAUGCGGCUGGCGUUUCAUUGUGAUAUAAGUAAUUUUUAAAAUGAGCGAAA